AUGGCUACCAACGGCGAUUUUUCCGACGAGGACUCCCUGCCCGGCUCCCCCGUGCUCGACGCCAACGGACACGAUGACUUUGACGACCAGGAACCCCUCGACCAGGACGAGAAGCCCCUCAAGUCGGCGAUGAAGAAGAACUCGGUGCCGCCUCUGCCCCAGGCCAAGCGCCCGGAGCUGCCCGAACAGCCAGACCCGGCCACGCUCGACUGGUCAAAAUUGACACCACUGUCGCCUGAGAUUAUUGCGCGCCAGGCCACGAUCAACAUCGGUACCAUCGGGCACGUCGCUCACGGCAAGUCGACCGUCGUCAAGGCCAUCUCUGAGGUGCAGACCGUCCGCUUCAAAAACGAGCAGGAGCGAAACAUUACCAUCAAGCUGGGCUACGCCAACGCCAAAAUCUACCAGUGUGAUAGCCCUCAGUGUCCCCGGCCGACAUGCUUCAAGAGUUUCAAGAGUGAGAAGGAGGUCGACCCGCCUUGCGAACGCGAUGGAUGCACAGGAACAUACAGACUGCUGAGACAUGUUUCGUUCGUCGAUUGCCCUGGGCACGAUAUUCUGAUGAGUACUAUGUUGUCCGGCGCCGCCGUCAUGGACGCCGCUCUCCUCCUGAUUGCCGGCAAUGAAGUUUGCCCGCAGCCUCAGACCUCCGAGCACUUGGCUGCGAUUGAAAUCAUGAAACUCAGUCACAUCAUCAUCCUGCAAAACAAGGUCGAUCUGAUGAGAGAGGAGGGCGCGUUGCAACAUUACCAGUCCAUCCUCAAGUUCAUCCGCGGAACCGUCGCUGAUGGCUCUCCCAUCAUCCCCAUCUCCGCGCAGUUGAAGUACAACAUUGACGCUGUCAACGAGUACCUGGUCUCGCACAUCCCUGUGCCCGUCCGUGACUUCACCGCCUCGCCUCACAUGAUGGUCAUCCGUUCGUUCGACGUGAACAAGCCUGGUGCGGAAAUUGACGAGCUCAAGGGUGGUGUCGCUGGUGGUUCCAUCUUGACUGGUGUGCUCAAGCUGAAUGACGAGAUCGAAAUCCGCCCCGGUCUGGUCACCAAGGACGAGAAUGGCAAGAUCCAGUGCCGCCCUAUCUUCUCGCGCAUCGUCUCCCUGUUCGCCGAACACAAUGACCUGAGGUUUGCCGUGCCCGGUGGUCUGAUUGGUGUCGGUACCCGCGUCGACCCUACGCUGUGCCGUGCUGAUCGUCUCGUCGGUUUCGUCCUGGGUCACCGUGGCCGCCUCCCCGCCAUUUACACCGAGAUCGAGGUCAACUACUUCCUUCUGCGCCGCCUGCUGGGUGUCAAGACCGCCGACGGCAAGCAGGCCAAGGUUAGCAAGCUGACCAAGAACGAAGUGCUCAUGGUCAACAUCGGUUCCACCGCCACCGGCGCCAAGGUCAUGGGUGUCAAGGCCGAUGCUGCGAAGCUGAGUCUCACCAGCCCGGCUUGUACAGAGAUUGGCGAGAAGAUCGCCAUCAGUCGCAGAAUUGACAAGCACUGGCGUCUGAUCGGAUGGGCUAACAUUGUUGCCGGUAACACCCUCGAGCCCAUCCUGAACUAG